AAACCUGAAGAGCAUCUUCUGAGCCCUAAAGCAACAAUGCUAAAGAAGGCUCGUGAUGCUAUACACCGGCUGAAAUUGCGCUAUGGAAUUGGUCAGCCUUUCAACAAGAUCGAAUCCAGUCAAGUUGAAGCAACUUGGUUUGCCCUGAUUUGGAAUGAGAUAAUCCUCACAUUUAGGGAGGAAGACCUAAUUAGUGACAGGGAGGUUGAGCUGCUAGAGUUGCCGCCUAAUUGUUGGAAUAUUCGGGUUAUCCGUUGGCCGUGUUUCCUCCUUUGCAAUGAGCUCCUGCUUGCUCUAAGUCAGGCAAACGAGCUCUGUGACGCUCCUGAUCGCUGGCUUUGGUCAAAAAUCUGUAGCAGUGAGUACAGGCGUUGUGCUGUUAUAGAAGCUUUUGAUAGCAUCAAGUUUGUGAUUCUUAAAAUUGUUAAAAAUGGCACAGAGGAAGAAUCCAUACUGAACAGGUUGUUUAUGGAGAUUGAUGAAAAUAUGGAAAACGAAAAGAUAACUGAUGUAUAUAAGCUGACGGUACUACUUCGGAUUCAUGAAAAGCUGAUAUCACUUCUUGAGCGUCUGAUGGACCCAGAAAAGAAAGUAUUCAGGAUCGUGAAUAUACUGCAAGCUCUGUAUGAACUCUGUGCAUGGGAGUUUCCAAGAAUUAGGAGGAGCACUCCGCAGUUACGACAGCUUGGCUUGGCACCCAUUAGUUUGGAUGCAGGCACUGAAUUGCUGUUUGUCAAUGCCAUUAAUCUCCCUCCUCUUGAUGAUGUUGUCUUUUAUAGGCAGAUUCGUCGGGUCCAUACAAUUCUUACUUCUAGAGAUCCAAUGCAUAAUGUGCCAAAGAAUCUUGAGGCCAGAGAGCGUCUUGCUUUCUUUAGCAACUCUCUCUUUAUGAACAUGCCCCAGGCUCCCAGUGUAGAAAAGAUGAUGGCUUUCAGCGUGUUGACUCCUUACUAUGACGAAGAGGUGAUGUAUCGGCAAGAAAUGCUCCGAGCUGAGAAUGAGGAUGGAAUAUCUACCCUAUUCUACCUUCAAAGAAUCUAUGAGGACGAAUGGGUGAAUUUUGUGGAGCGGAUGCGUAGAGAGGGAGCAGAAAAUGAGAAUGAUAUUUGGUCGAAGAAGGUUAGAGAUCUUCGCCUCUGGGCUUCAUAUAGGGGACAGACGUUGUCCAGAACAGUGCGAGGGAUGAUGUAUUAUUAUAGUGCCUUGAAGAAGCUUGCCUUUCUUGAUUCUGCUUCUGAAAUGGACAUCAGGAUGGGAACUCAGAUUGCUCCUGAGGCACCCCGUUCUUACUACACAAAUGAUGGUGGGGAUAACACACUGCAGCCAACACCUUCUCAGGAAAUCAGCAGAAUGGCUAGUGGUAUAACCCAUUUGCUUAAAGGGUCCGAGUAUGGGAGUGCAAUGAUGAAAUUCACAUAUGUUGUGGCAUGCCAAGUAUAUGGACAGCAUAAAGCAAGGGGGGACCAUAGAGCUGAGGAG